ACACCAAUAUAGAAAACUCUCCUGCGUAUCCUGCGCAAUCUUGACGUGCACUAAUGUUUCGACGUGAGGCGUCUUAGCAGCUUAAACAUGGCUCAGCUAACUUACAGUAGACUGUCACACUUACUCAGAUCAUCCGUUGAUAAAACAUCCGUUUUACGGACAAGGACAGAGACGAAAAACGGGCCUGCGUGUUCUGUGCAGUUCAUACGCUGCCAGAGGUCCGUGGACACGAAGGUGCUGCAGGAGAGACAGAAGCAGCAGAUGACCAAGGGUCUUCCCAGACAGAAGCCCAUCGCAGGCAUCAAGCAGGUCAUUGUUGUGGCUUCUGGGAAAGGCGGCGUCGGCAAGUCCACCACUGCAGUGAAUUUGGCUCUGGGGUUAACGGCCAAUGACCCGUCCAAGUCUGUCGGUAUGUUGGACGCUGAUGUUUAUGGGCCGUCUAUUCCCAAGCUGAUGAACCUGAAAGGAAACCCAGAGCUCACUGACAACAAUCUGAUGAUUCCACUCACCAACUAUGGGAUUCCCUGCAUGUCUAUGGGUUUCCUGGUGGACGAUGUUGCACCUAUAGUAUGGAGGGGGUUGAUGGUGAUGUCAGCUAUUGAGAAACUGCUCAGACAGGUGGACUGGGGCUCGCUGGACUACCUGGUGGUCGACAUGCCUCCAGGGACGGGAGAUGUCCAGCUGUCAAUCACCCAGAACAUCCCCAUAGCAGGAGCUGUAAUCGUGUCGACGCCACAGGACAUCGCUCUGAUGGACGCACGCAGAGGAGCCGAGAUGUUUAAGAAAGUCAACGUGCCGGUUCUUGGUCUGGUGCAGAACAUGAGUGUCUUUCAAUGUCCCAACUGCAACCAUCAGACUCAUAUCUUUGGCUCUGAUGGUGCUCGGCAGCUCGCAGAGACACUGGGAGUGAAAUUAUUAGGUGAUGUUCCUCUGCAUCUGAACAUCAGAGAGACGUCAGACAGAGGAAAACCUGUGGUUGUCUCGUCUCCUGACAGCCCUGAGGCCGAGGCCUACAGGAAGGUGGCGUCUGCUGUGGUGCAGAGACUAAAGGAAGUCAGGCCUUGAUUUCACAGCUCCGACGAAUGAUUGACUCACAGGCUCCUCACUGAAUGUAAAUAAACAUUUACAAAUGAGAAACACAAACUUAUUACUGUCGCUGCAAAACAACAGUAUUACUGCAGAAAUGUCAUUGAUGAUAGUUAUUAAAAAACUGAACUAAACUGUUUUACUUUCUGAUUGUUUUAAUUUUGAAACAAACUUUAUUUAUUACCUGAAGUGUAACAUAAAAUCAAUCUUCUGUUUGUGAUUAUUCAAAUAAAGAGAGACAUGUAGAAAUACAGAAAAGUUUGAAUUGAAUUCUUCUGUUUGUUGUUUAAAUGAAUCAUGAAAGAAUAAAUAAUGGGUUUGUAUGUGGCCCAAAGUUGA